AUGAUGAAGAAACCUUUUCAACUCUCAUUCACUGUUAUGAUUAUCUUCACCAUUCUUGUGUUAGGAGUGGUGGCAAAUGAGGAGCUAGGAAAACAAAAGAAACAAUGUAGUGAGAUUUUGACAAAAUCCAAUUGUGUUAAAGAAAAGUGUGAGUCUAUGUGCGUGAAGAAGAGGAAAGUAGGAGCCUGUCUUUGCACCCCUUCUAAGAAUUGUUUAUGCUACUAUUUUUGUUGA